GUAUUUCGACUGUAUUCUACACGUUCUUGGUACUUGAUAUGUUUAACACCCGCUUUAUAACCCAUGUAAUGAUAUAUGAAUACACGAGACAAUGUAGGGGGAUAUGGAAAUAUCAAGAAUAAAUACAUCGCGGCACAAGGACCUAAUGAUGUGAACAUCUAUGAGUUUGUCAGAAUGCUUUGGGAUGUUAAAACAGGAAAGAUUGCCAUGGUUACUAAUCUACACGAAGCCGGUGCUAUGAAAUGUUUGAAAUACUGGCCAUCGAGUGGCAAGGUAAAGACUUUCAGAAAGAUAAAAAUUGAACUGAUUGAAGAGGAUGUAUUGGCCCAUUUUACUAUUAGGACAUUGAAAAUUUCAAAAGGUGGAUGUGGAUCUCGGACAAUAAAACAUUGCCAUUAUACAUCAUGGCCUGAUAAAGGUGUUCCUACUGAUAUGGCGUCAUUAGUAGAAUUCAGAAACAAGAUACUUAAAGUCAAAUCACCACAACCAGGACCAAUGGUGGUACACUGUAGUGCUGGUAUUGGACGGACAGGAACAUUUUUAGCUUUAGAUUAUUUGAUAGAAGAAGGUAAAGCUGAAGGUUCUGUUGAUGUUUUUAAAUGUGUUUCACAGAUGAGAAAAGAAAGAACGAAUAUGGUACAAACUGAUGAUCAGUAUGUAUUUCUACAUGAAGCUAUAUUAGAAUGGUAUAUAGCUGGUGAUACUACAACUACUGUUACAGAUUAUCAAGGUGUUUAUCAAGAUCUUCUUAAAGUUAAACAAAGUUCUGGUAAAUGUGAACUAGAAGAGAAGUUUGAAAUGAUGAACCAGGUUUGUCCGAAAUAUACAGACGCUGAUUAUUCUACAGCUUUAAUGACAGAAAAUGAAAUUAAAAAUAGAGUGCCAACAAUAUUAGCGUAUGAAAAUACUAGAAUACUUUUGACGAUACCCGUUCCUAAUACAACAGAUUAUAUCAAUGCUGUGUAUAUACCAAGUUACAGAAAGAAACGAGCUUAUAUAUUAACACAGACACCAUUACCUAAUACUGUUAUAGAUUUCUGGAGAAUGGUUGUACAAAAGGAAUCUCAAACAAUCGUUCACAUGGAUCAUGAACAAGAUAAAACUAAGGGUAUUGGUCAGUACCUACCAGGAGAUAAACCACUAAGCUCUGACCCCUUUACUAUAACUAAAACAGAAGAAAUACAACAUGAGUUUUAUACAAUUAUAACAUGUCAGGUUACAGGCAAUUCACAAGAUAAUGAGAUAGAUCAUACGGUUAGAAUCUACCAGUGUACAUUUUGGAAAGGUGAAGAAACCACACUCAAAUCAUCUACUCCGUUUUUCACCCUGUUGGAACACAUUCAGUCAUGGACAUAUGAUCAAAAAGAAAACCCGAUUAUUGUACACUGUCGAAAUGGAGUGAACAAGGGAGGACUAUUCUGUGUUCUGGCAGCCAUUUUAGAACGACUAACCAUAGAACAAGACGUCAGUGUGUUACAGACUAUAAUACAGCUUCGAGUAUCCAGACCACAAAUUAUAACUUGUUAUGAACAAGUGAAAUUUUGUUUCGAUGCUGUUGGUAAUUAUCUGGAUAAUUUCUCAAUGUAUGCCAAUUCUUGUUGAUUUUAAUUAUAAUAUGUAUCCUAUUGUAAUAGUGUGAUAAUCCACCAAUUCUUGUUGAUUGUAAUUAUAAUAUGUAUCCUAUUGUAAUAGUGUGAUAAUCCACCAAUUCUUGUUAACUGCUUUCGUGAGAUGGUGCCGGUGUUAAAAUCUAUUGGUUUUGGAUUUUUUUAGUUAUAUGCAUAUGUUACGUUUUCCACAACGUUUGCUUUAUUUUUACAGUUUAUACUAUUUAAUGUAUACAUUGGCUUAGGUAUGUACUUAAAUGGCUAUAUUGUGUUAAACAUGCAUUAUGCAAGAGAUAAAUCUGCCUAUUACAGGUCUUUUUUAGGCCUGAAAUGUUAUAUAAAAUAUUAAUUAGACAUUUAUUAACAUGAAAAGACCAUAAUCAACUCUCGAUGCCAUCUUAUGUGUCCGAGUUUCACUGGAUUUGAAUCCGAUCUGCUGUUGAAGGUUCUUUGAUGACUAAACACAAAAAUGGAUGAUCGAGGUUUUGUUAAUUAGGUGACAGGCGUAACAAUGCAUUCGAAGCUACAGAGUUUUCGCGGCUUAGCGUGAAGCAAUGUGUCUAAAAUUUUAAGCAUAUUCCAUUUACAUCAUCUAGUUGUUAACUAUUAUAGUGAAACUACCAGCUCUUUAUCUAAUCAACCAUAAUGUAUCCUUAAGUUUAUUAUGCUUUAUACAUAUUUCAAGUUUAUUAUAUUUUUCUAAAACUAUUAUAUUUUAUUAAAAGUUUUAUAUUGUUUAAAAGUAUUAUAAUAAUGCUGCUAAAAGUAUUGUAUUUUGCUGCUAAAAGUAUUAUAUUUUGCUGCUAAAAAUAUUAUAUUUUGCUGCUAAAAGUGUUAUGUUUUAGAAAUAUUUUGAAUCCACUAUAUUUUGUAUUGUUAAACUAUAUUUUGUUUUGUUAAACUAUAUUUUGUUUUUUUAAAUCUGUUAUAUUUUGCUAAAGCAUGUUUUAUAAGAAUAAACAUGGACAUAUUAAAAUACCAAAAGAAAAACGAAGUCACUGCACGAAGUGUACCUUUCGGUUUCCGUCUUCAUUAGCCCAGGUUAGGAGCAGAACAGUAGGACGUUAAACCCCAUUUCAUUUCAUUUACCUUUCGGUUUAAAUACUGGGUCUGAAGCAAAUUAAUUUUGUUUCCAUUUGCUUUCUUUAUAUUAAAUAUUAUCGGGGUUUAUUUUACCUCAUUUCAUAUUGUAUUUUAUGCCAUCUAUUUUCUUUGUUCAUUUGAUUUAAUUAAUUUUACUUUGUUUAUAUCAAGCAUAUGUUUUUUCGUUAAAUAAUAGUUUGUAAAAUAUGAGUAGUGUAUUUUUCGAGGAAUUAAUGUCUCCUAUAUUGUAGAUGAAAUGCAUGCAGUGACGUGUUUCACAGUAAAACAACCAAUAUUAAACCCAAUUUGUUUUAUAACUGUUAGUUGAACUGACUUUUUCUCUAUCGUGAGGUUCUCACCUUUCCUUAUUAUCUGUCUGUUAUUAAUAUGAGUCUUGCAUUCUUCAGCAUAGAUCAUCAAUGAUAAUCUUACAUAAGAUACAUUGAUCCAAGAGUGAUGAUGAAUGUUGUGGUCACUUGAGAUUAACAUUAGUUUUCAUUUCCCAUUCUCUUGUUAUUAUUUAAAUAGAUAAAUACAUUAGUGUUCAUCCUGUAUGCUCACUAACAUCUACGGGCGGAUAUCAUUUAACCUGUCUAUAAUACUGUACCUAGGAAUAUUUGGUGAUAGGUGUUGUUUCGAUCUAUUUCAAAUGUAAUAUCAUUUUUUUUACAUAUUUAAUCUAGAUGUAAACAUUUCAAAUAUAACAUAAAUCUUAAGCUAUUGUUAAUUUUAGACUGAAAUAAAAUCUUAUAAAUUAUUUAUACCUGCAUCACGAGUACUGUAGAUAUAUACACGCGAUGGGAACGGUUGAUUUUCACGACGUACAAAAGAAGUUCAUUCCAGUACUCUCUCCUUUCCUUAAACUGAAAACCACGUAAAAGUUGUGUAAUAGAUUCGAUGAUGGUAAAGAAUAAAAUUAUGAAAAUAAAACAAAAACCCUCCAAACAAUAUUUUAUAAUAUAUGAAUAAAUCUUGCAUUAUAUUUUAACAAUUAAUUUUAUCGUUGUAAAUUCAAUAUACCUGCAGUUUAUUAUCAUUGUACAUUGCCAAUACUUUUGACCAAGCAAUCAGCAGUGAUCUCCCCUGAAACUGAAUGCUGAAUGAUGCUCAACCGGGUGUGGCACACUGAUCAGAAGUGAAUAUUCGCUAGGCUGCUACAGUCACUGAUAAGGAUGACAACGAUACGGCUUCCAAGUAUUAACUUUUUUCCUCCGACCAAUUAAAUUCUAAAACAUAGUAUUUAAGUAUUAGA